GUCUUUAUGCGAAACAUGAUAUAAUAAAGAUAAUGUCGGCACACAUCUCAGUGACCUGAUGCCACGGAUCCACCAACCACAGCCACUGCUAGAAUUGUGCCGGAAGCUUACCAGCCAACUAACCAAGCCGUGCCUAGGUGUGGUGGGUGGUCAGUAUCGCAACGGUGUGUGCCCGAAGCGCAAGCGUUCUCCGUGAGUUUUGGCUCCGUGAAACCACGUAGUGGCCGUCGAAACAUGUUUUUGGAAUUUCUAUCACGCCGAUACUGGAAACAAUUCGCUGCCAUCGCGGCUGCGAUCUGAGGAAAGCGUAAACAAUGCAGGUUUGCAGUCGCAAUGGAGCAGGAGCAGCAAGGUCCGCCCGAACGAGCGAGUAUUUGGGCACGGAAAAACCUUAACCAGGUGCUGGCAGUGAUCCGAAUUCACAUCAUCACCGCCAGCUAUGGAGUGACUGUUGGAUGGCCUGCACCGAUUAUCCCACUACUGCGUUCUCCGGAGACUCCGCUACCGAGUGGACCGGUGACGGUGGAUGAAGCAUCAUGGAUUGGUUCGACACUGUGCAUAGGUGGCACAAUCGGAACGAUUCUGUUUGCCAUCAUUCAUACGUAUUUCGGGAAGAAGAUAGCACUCCUACUUACCUCCGUACCACACAUCAUCCUGUGGACGUUGAUCCUCGUCGGGGACAACGUGUGGUACAUCUAUGGGGCACGCUUUUGCAGUGGACUGACCGGAGGUGGUGUGGUCAGUGUUGUUCCGCUUUACAUCGCCGACAUUGCGGAUAAGAAGAUUCGCGGCACUUUGGGAUCGCUCACGAUUAUUUUCAUCAACAUUGGACUGGUGUUCAUCUACGCAGCCGGAAACUAUCUCCCUUACGAUCUCAUUCCAAAGAUUAUGCUCGUGUCUCCGGUAGCGUUCAUUGUGCUGGUGAGCUUCCUACCCGAAACCCCCUACUGCUUGCUAAAGAAGGGGCGUCCACUCGAGGCGGAACGAUCGCUCAUGUUCUACCGUAACAUCUCCGACCAGCAAUAUCAAACGGCUGAGUUUACGACGGAGUUUGACGAGCUGAAAAGCUUCGUCCACACGCAAUCGACUCAGUCGCGAAUCUGUUGGGCGGAUUUUACUACACCGGAAGCAAAGCGAGGACUCUUUAUUGGCGUGUUUGUGAUGGCCCUAAACCAGUUUAGUGGCAUCUUUGCUAUCCUUACGUACGCUGGUACAAUCCUUCAGAUGUCCGGUACUGGCAUUGAUCCUAAUGUGGCACUUGUGCUUGUUGCCAUCCUUAAUAUCUGCGGCAAUCUUACUUCAUUUGCCAUCAUCGAUCGUGCUGGUCGGAAAAUAAUGCUACUCCUCUCUGCCACCGGUGUCGGUUUGGCAUUGGCCGUACUUGGUGCUCACUCGUAUCUGCUCACGAUCGGCUACGAUCUGCAGGGUGCCGAAUGGUUGCCCGUGUUGGCACUGGCGCUUACGCUGUUCCUGGGCGCUAUUGGCAUAACGAAUAUCCCUUUCUUCAUCGUCCCCGAAGUGAUGCCACCGAAGCUUCGUAGCAUCGGAAGUACUAUCAGCGGGACACUGCUUUGCAUGUUUGCGUUCGUCACCGUGAAGCUUUACCCGAUCAUGAUGGUGAACAUCCAUAUCUACGGGACUGUGUGGAUAUCGUCAGGAGUCUGUGCGGUCGCUGUAGUAAUUAUCAUCUUCCUGAUACCGGAAACAAAGGGCAAAAACUUGAACGUACAAUGUGAUAGUAAAAAGAGUCUACGUCAUAGGAUAAAACAAAAAUCGUCCAUUAUCUUUAAUGUCAGCCCACUGCUAGGCAACUGCAGAAACAGCCGGUGGCCAUUCCCACUGCAACACGCGACUAGUGUGACAUUGUUUACUAUUUGGACGUGGUGGAACGUCCACACGCCAGCCUUUAUGCGGAUUGAUUUACGCUUAUCAAACAAUGCCAUCAACAGCAUCUGUUCUCUCACCAGGGGUAGAAAAUUCGCCCAGAAGACGAUCACUAUAGAAAAGAUGUUAAAGCACUGUAUGGUACAUUCGAAUUGCCAAGGUGCUUCCAGAUGUAAGGCCAUUCGCUUCAAGGCAACGAAACCAUCAGGAUCGGACGAACGCGCAACGACGAUGGCUUCUACCAGAGGUGUUAGAAAUCAAAUCUUCGCUACCGGUGUUAUGAACCUCAUCAACCUAUCGCAUGGCGCGGCGUUAGGAUGGGUAUCACCGUACUUGCCUAUUUUGAUGUCCCCGGAUCAAAAUCUUCUCUCGACCGGACCUGUGACGGUUGAGCAAGGAUCGUGGAUAGGAUCGAUCCUCUGCCUUGGUGCACUCUUUGGAGCAUUUGUGUACGGAUACUUGGUGGAAAAGUUCGGCAUUAAGCGGACUCUGCAAACACUAGUUAUUCCACACUCUGCUUUUUGGAUUAUCACCUAUCUUGCCACUUCCGUCCAUCAACUGUACCUUGCCCGCUUUCUCGCUGGUCUUUCCGGUGGUGGAAUAAUCGUAGUCUUUCCUCUGUUUAUUGCUGAUAUCUCGGAUAAAAAAAUCCGAGGUAUUCUAGGCUCCUUCCUAGCACUGACCAGCAAUGGUGGAUUCCUGCUCAUGUACGUCAUUGGUGACGUGCUGUCCUAUCAUACCGUCGCCCUUACCAUGCUCGCGCUUCCCUUGCUCUUCACUGUGCUGAUGUGCUUUGUUCCAGACACUCCACAAACAUGUCUAAAGAAGGGUAGAACCGCUGAAGCCGAACGUUCGUUUAUGUUUUAUCGUGCCAUUCGAACACAGGCCGAAAAGACAAGUGCCUUGCGGCAGGAGUUUAUCAAUAUGGAAAAGUUUAUCAAGCAUAACUCAGGCCAGAACUCUCGAGUAACGUUGGCGGAUUUUAAGUCUCGCGAAGCAAAGCUGGGCAUCUUUAUCGGUGUAUUUCUAAUGUUCAUCAAUCAAUUCUGUGGUAUCUUUGCGAUCCUCACAUACGCUGCCACGAUCUUUGCGGGCGUCGGCUCCACACUGAGUCCCAACACAUCCGCCAUCAUCAUGGGUACGAUCCAAAUUGUUGGAACGCUCUCGUCGUUCGUGUUUGUUGAUCUGGCCGGCCGGAAAGUCUUGCUGAUCAUUUCCACCUUCGGCACAGGGCUUGGGCUUUUCGUCCUAGCAGUGUUUAACUGGCUCACUGUGAAUAUGUCGACUCACUGGAUAAAGGAUUACAGUUGGUUCCCCAUCGUGAGCCUUUCCGCCACGGUGUAUCUCUUUUCCAUUGGAUUGUGUAGCAUUCCUUUCUUCGUCUUACCAGAAUUAUUACCCCUAAAGAUAUGCAAUGCCGGAAACACAUUAAGCAUGGUUUCGAUCACAAUAUUUGCGUUCAUCAGUCUUAAGAUAUUUCCUAUCAUGGUAGAGGUCAUCUACAUCUACGGUGUACUAGGGCUAUACGCAGGGAUAUCUUUCGCUGGCGUGGCUAUAAUUACAUUCAUUGUUCCGGAGACCAAGGGAAAAAGUCUCAUAUCACCUCAAAGCGUGUGAAGUGGAAUGGGUCUCAAGAUUGUUUGUGAUAACUAAAUUCCAGAAUAAGUCGCUGGAAAGCAUCUCUCGAGAAAACAAAUAAAUAAAAUAGGUGAUACACACAUACCAUGAUCUAUAAUUCAU